AAACGAUGCAUAACUAUAUGUGUCGAAAUCGUAAUCAAAAUGACCUCAAAGAGGAUUUAUAGAGAAGUCAUGUUUUUUCCAAAAGAAGACAAGCCCCCGUGAUUCUUAUUGAUUUUCUUAAUGGCUGGUGGAUUAGAAAGAACUCGUAGAUUGCCCAAGAUCCAAGAUGCUGAUAAAGAGUCCAUGUUUGGUUAUGUACAUGCAGUGUCAGGACCUUUGGUCACUGCACAGCAGAUGGCUGGGGCUGCUAUGUACGAGUUAGUGCGUGUAGGUCACUCAGAAUUGGUGGGCGAAAUUAUCCGAGUGGAGGGUGACAUUGCUACCAUCCAAGUAUACGAGGAUACAUCUGGUGUGACUGUUGGUGACCCAGUAUUGAGGACGGGUAAACCUUUAUCUGUAGAACUGGGGCCUGGUAUAAUGGGCUCCAUCUUUGAUGGUAUUCAGCGUCCUCUAGAAGAAAUUAACAAACUGACACAGAGUAUCUACAUUCCAAAAGGUAUCAACACACCAGCUCUGGACAGGCAGAAGAAAUGGGAGUUUGAACCAUAUGGAAGCAUCAGAGUUGGCAGUCACGUGACAGGAGGUGAUAUGUAUGGUAUGGUGUAUGAGAACAUUCUGGUCAAACACAAAAUCAUGCUUCCCCCUAAAGCUAGAGGCACAGUGACCUGGGUUGCUGACCCUGGCGAGUACGAUGUCAAUGACAUUGUGUUGGAGACUGAGUUUGAUGGGGAGAAGUCCAAGUACACUAUGUUACAAGUCUGGCCAGUCAGACAGCUGAGACCAGUGACUGAGAAACUCGCCGGAAACCACCCACUGCUCACCGGACAGAGAGUGCUCGAUGCACUGUUCCCCUGUGUACAGGGUGGAACCACUGCGAUCCCUGGGGCUUUCGGCUGUGGUAAGACUGUGAUAUUACAGUCCUUGUGCAAGUACUCCAACAGUGACGUCAUUGUCGGCGUUAGUCGUGAACGUGAAAAUGAAAUAUCUUCAGUAUUGAGAGCUUUCCAAGAGUUGACGAUGGAAGUUGAUGGUAAACCCGAGAGUUUCAUGAAGAGAACGGCAUUGGUUGCCGACACCUCCAACAUGCCUGUGGCUGCCAAAGAGGUCGCCAUCUACACCGGUAUUACAUUGUCCGAGUAUUUCCGUGAUAUGGGUUACAACGUAUCGAUGAUGGCUGACUUUAGUUCUCGAUGGGCCAAGGAUCUGGAAGAAAUUUCUGGUCGUCUGGUUAAAAAGCCUUCUAAAGCUGGUUAUCCUGUCUACCUUUCAUCUCGUAUGGCUUCCUUCUAUGAACGUGCUGGUCGUGUUAAGUGUAUAGGAAAUCCACAGAGAGAGGGCAGCGUCAGCAUUGUGGGAGCUCUAUCGCCCCCCGGUGGUGACUUCUCAGAUCCUAUAACCUCUGUAAUCCUGGGUAUUGUACAGGUGUUCUGGGGUCUGGAGAAGAAGUUGUCUCAGAGAAAGCACUUUCCAGCCAUUAACUGGCUCAUUUCCUACAGCAAGUACACACGAGCUUUGGAGGAAUUCUACGACAAAAGCUUCCCAGAGUUCACUCCCCUCAGAACAAAGUGCAAAGAAAUUCUACAGGAAGAGGAAGAUCUGUCUGAAAUUGUACAGCAGGUUGGCAAGGAAUCACUGGCUGAGACAGACAAGAUCACACUGGAAGUGGCCAAGGUCAUCAAGGACGAUUUCCUGCAACAGAAUGGGUACACACCUUAUGACAGGUUCUGCCCCUUCUAUAAGACAGUGGGAAUGUUGAAGAACAUCAUUGCCUUUUAUGGUAUGGCUAAACACGCUGUAGAAAGUACAGCACAGAGCGAGAACAAAAUCACAUGGGCCAUCAUCAGGGACCAAAUGAACGACAUCAUCUACAGACUCAGCAGCAUGAAAUUCAAGGAUCCAGUCAAAGAUGGCGAGAAGAAGAUUAAGCAAGAUUAUGAUGAUUUACAUGAAGAAAUGCAGACAGCAUUCAGAAAUCUUGAAAACUGAGUAACAUUAAUAGCUCAAUAAGUUAUUACGGGCUGCCAAGAGGUUGGUCGUUAUUUGAUAUACAUUCAAAGAUUUACCCUGUGUUUCUGCGGGGUGAAAACGUCUUUUGUGGAAUUUGUUAAAAAAUAUUUUUGAUGUAUAAGGAAUUUCUGUUCCAUCUGACUAACGUUCAAAUUAAAUAUCAGUAGUGCUCAGUAAUGUUAAAUAGAUAUUCAUCGUGUAUUCAAACGUCACGAUAAUUUUAUAUACACAAUCCUGUGCCUAACAAACCCACAUGGCACAACAGAGUGGGCACUAGGUCAAUGUAGAUUCAAAACUGUCUCCGUCUAUAAAAUUUUGUUUGCUUUAUAGCGAUGAACAAGGCAGAAAUGAUUACUGAGUUAAUUUACCUAUCCAAUCAAAUAAUAAUGAAAGUAAGAAGUCUAUGUUAUUAACAACUUCUUUUUCUAGAUGUUUAGAAUUUGUAAACAACCAUUCGGAAGUGAUCGAAGUGGGUUUUUUUUUUUAUCCUUAUAACAGUGUGGAUCGGGAUCGGACUUUUGCGUCCCAUUUGACGCUGCGUCAAUGUUUUCUUGUGGUCAGCGUUUACAAUUUUUUUUUUUAAAGUGUGUCUGUGUCUUGUGUCACAGUGUGCAAAAAUUGUCCCCAUUCGUUUUGUAUGAAAUAGAACAUGAGGAUACCUUCGCUAUGAAAACUUAGAAUUAUUGUAUGAUGUUACUACCAGGCCAAAAGUUUUUAAACGGUCUCUAUGUUCUGUAUCUGCAUAAACGUCAUAAAAGGUUAAAACCUAUUUAUACCAAAGUGAAUGAUUUUUGUACAACUUCAGUUGAAAACGAAACAGAUGUUUUAUUUUUCAUGUUGAGAGAUCGUUUGCAUAAUAUCAAUGAUCUUCAUUGGAAACCUGUCGAAAAUUUAUGGCUGAAUGAAAUUUUUUUGAUUCCUCUCUUUCUCCAGAACAAUGCAUAGCCAUUAGAAUUGACUUAUUGCAAAGUAAGGGACAGUAUAGACCCCAAUGUGAUUUUUAGUUCGAAAUAAUGUAUGCGUUUUUCAUGCACCUAGCAAGGAGGAAAAUUCUAGGAAAAGUUUUAUACCAUAGACCUCUGAAUUUCGUGUUGUUGAUAAGGAAGGAAAUGUAUUGGUCAAUGAUAUUCCAACUUCUUCUACAGAACAAAAAAGUAUUACCGAACUUGUUUCACCGGACUUGGUUGAAUUUGCAUCUCCAUUUUUUUUUUAGCUAGAUGGUCUAACCCAAAGGCCCUAGCUCUCAAAAAAAAAAAAAAACAAACAAAAAAACAAAAAAAAAACAACAAAAAAAAACAAAAAACUACGCUAAAUAUUUGAUUUCACGUUGGCACUCCUUAUCUUAGAAUGCUUAUGAUCAAUUGUCCCGUUGAUUAGAAUUUUAGUUUACACAAUUUAUUCUCGUUAGUAGGAUUGUGAGGUAGUUCCCUUGCAAAGUCGAUAUUUACCAAAAUCUAUUUGGGCUUGUCAACACCGCUUUCCGAUGAUGGAAAUCGCCCCAUCUUUGGCACUUUUUAGAACUUGGCAAUUAAUUUUUUUUUUCAAUUAUUUACUGUCAAAGCAUUGUCGUCAUAUUUAUUGAAUUGUCUUUUAUUUGUCUGAUUUCUUAAUUUGUUUAACACAGAUGCAUCUCUAUGUCUAUAUGUUAUCUUAGCAUUGUCAUCAUAUUUAUUGUAUUGUUUUUUAUUUGUCGGAUUUGGUUAACACAUCCUUUUGUAUAUAUGUGAAAAUACUCUUGUCCUUUAUUUCCUCAAUAAAUGACCAUUCUAGUUCCUGAAAAAGUUGUUAUGAGUCU